AUGAAACUAUGCACAAUAUGCACCGUUUACUAUUGCCCCGUCAGGGAAAAGGGUGGAUUUGCGCCUGGAGCACUAGAAAAUUUACAACCCACCAAAAGUCUUCGUCAUCUUAUCUUUACAGACCACAAAGAAUGGGAUUUAAACCACAUUCAACGCGGACAUACAAUACUUCGACUACGGCCAGAUCGUGUUGCUUGUCACGAUGCUACUGCAACCAUGGCAAUAUUACAGUUCAUCAGCGCAGGUAUCCCGCGGGUUGCAGUUCCUACAACAGUGCACAGUGACCAUUUAAUGGUGUCCGAGAAGGGCGCCGAUCUAGAUAUGUCCCGGGCCCUAGGGGAGCAUGCGGAAGUGUAUGACUUUUUGAGCAGUGCUUCCAAGAAGUAUGGCAUCGGGUUUUGGAAACCGGGCUCCGGCAUUAUCCACACUGUUAUUUUUGAGAAUUACGCCAUGCCCGGCGGCUUGCUCAUUGGAACCGAUUCUCAUAGUCCUAAUGCAGGAGGCUUAGGUAUGAUGGGGAUAGGAGUUGGCGGCGCAGACGCGGUGGACGCAAUGUCCGGCAUGCCAUGGGAACUAGUCACACCCAAAAUUGUCGGAGUACGGCUCACUGGCCACCUCUCUGGGUGGACUUCGACAAAAGACAUCAUCUGCAACCUUGCGGGUAUUUUGACAGUAUCUGGAGGUAAAGGUCGGGUCAUUGAAUUUUUUGGGCCAGGUUGUGAGACUUUGGGAGCAACUGCGAUGGCAACCAUCUGCAAUAUGUCUGCGGAGAUAGGGUCAACUUCGUGCAUUUUCCCUUAUUCUGAUGCCAUGGGUCGCUAUCUCAGAGCUACUCAGCGAGAACAAUCAGUGAAUGUGUCAAACAAAUCCAAGGCCGCACUACUUACCGCAGAUGAAGGAUCAGAAAGCUAUUACGAUGAUGUCAUCGAGCUAGACCUUAGCUCCCUAGAGCCUCAUGUCAACGGGCCAUAUACACCAGAUCUCUCCCAUCCAAUUUCUCAGCUCAAAGAUACAGUUACUCAGAAAGACUGGCCCUUGGAAUUGAGUCACGCUAUGAUGGGAAGCUGCACCAAUAGCUCAUUUGAAGAUCUCGAAAAAACCCGUCAGAUUGUUGCACAAGCUCGUACUGCUGGAUUCCCUAAAUUUAAAACUCCCUUUAUGGUUUCCCCAGGAAGCGAGCAGAUUCGAGCGACAGCAGAGGCUAAUGGAAUACUUCAAGAAUUGCGAGAUGCUGGCGCACUUGUUCUCAGUAGCUCUUGCGGGCCAUGUGUGGGUUCUUGGGAUCGAAAAGACGUCGAUGUGCGAGGGAAAGAGAAAAACUCAGUUAUAUCCAGCUAUAAUAGGAAUUUCGUUGGCCGUCACGAUAGUAACCCUGCAACACAUUCAUUUGUGACCUCACCGGAAUUGGUGACUGCAUUUGCUUAUGCGGGCCGACUCGACUUCAAUCCAUUAACGGACAGUAUAAUCCCGGAUAAAGGUUCUCCAAACAGCAUUCGAUUUAGCCCUCCGGUUGGCCAGGAGCUCCCUUCCCGAUUCGAAACUGGACUUGACACAUUCCAGGAGCCUUCACCUGAAGGCAAUUUAUCAACUGUCACCAUCUCUCCGGAUUCGGACCGACUGCAACUUCUUCAGCCUUUUAAUCCGUGGAAAGUAGGCUGCACACAAAACAUGGAACUGCUCAUCAAAGUGAAGGGGAAAUGCACAACAGACCACAUUUCCCCGGCUGGGCCAUGGUACAAAUAUCGCGGCCAUUUGGAAAACAUCAGUAAUAAUAUGUUAACAACCGCUACUAAUGCAUUUAUUGAUGAUUCUCGGAUGCUUGGACAUACACGAAACCCUCUAACAUAUGGCAUUCAAGUUGUGCCCGAGGUUGCCAGGGAUCUCAAGCAGCACCAGAUACAUUGGUGCAUUGUUGGCGAUUAUAAUUAUGGUGAAGGCAGCUCGCGUGAGCAUGCGGCAUUGGAGCCUCGAUAUCUGGGCGGCGUGGCAAUAAUUGCACGCUCCUUUGCCCGAAUCCACGAGACGAAUUUAAAGAAGCAAGGCAUGCUGCCACUCACCUUUAAUGAUCCUGCCGACUAUGACCUUAUUCGCGAGGGGGACAAAAUUACCCUGAUUGGGGUUGAAGACGAUGACUUCCAGCCUGGAUCACAGGUGGCUAUGCAGGUUAAGCCUCGGGAGGGCGAUUCCUGGGAAGCUACGUUGAAUCACAGCUACCAUGCCGGUCAAAUACCGUGGCUCCGAGCAGGAAGCGCGUUGAACCACAUCAAAGCUACUCUAUUGAGCCAAUAA